CCACCAGCUACUCCAAGUGUCUAAUACACUGGAAAAUCAAAGCGCGAGCCACCCCCGUUCACUCACCUCCGGUGUUGCGCGUGGAGCACAACAGAGAGGGAGAGAGAUGUUUUUCUCUCCCAUCCCCUCAGCUUAGCGUUAUAGGAAAGUUAUUCUUAUACGUAGAUGUUACAGUUAUAUGUAAGGUUUUUCUUUUUUUUAUUUGGGACAGACUGUGUGUAUUUAUGCACUUUUUAGCUGUCCAGCUGUAUGAGGCGAGGGAUGUCUGGAUGAGGUGAUUUUACGCACGCAGUUGAAAUGGAUCAGAGACUCUCCAGAGGCAGUUGGGUACCAGUGACAGGGCUGGUCAUAUGUCUGCUUCUGUGUGCGUGUGUAGUGGACCUGGUUCUUGCGCAAAUUCGGUACUCCAUCCCCGAGGAACUAGAGCAUGGAGCCUUUGUGGGGAACAUCGCCGAAGACCUGGGCUUGGAUGUGGCCAAGCUGUCAGCCCGUCGGUUUCGUAUAGUCUCCGGCGCAAAGAAGCAAUAUUUAGAGGUGAACUUGGAGAAUGGCAUCCUCUUCGUCAACGAAAAGAUAGACAGAGAGGAGCUAUGUGAACGAAGCCCGAGCUGCUUUUUACACUUACAAGUAGUAAUUGAAAACCCAUUAGAAUUAUACAGAGUUGAAGUAGAAAUUUUAGAUGUGAAUGACAACUCCCCAAGUUUUCCGUGGAGCGAGUUUAAUCUUGACAUCACAGAGUCGGCUGCGCCAGGCUCCCGUUUCCCGUUAGAGAGCGCACAGGACCAGGACGUGGGCACAAACUCUCUGCGCUCCUACCAGCUGAGCGCAAACGAGCACUUCGUGUUGAAUAUCCAGACGCGCAACGAUGGAAGCAAGUUUGCUGAGCUCGUGCUGGACACCCCCCUGGACCGAGAACAGCAGAAAAAACAUGAAAUGGUACUCACUGCUAUUGAUGGGGGGUCACCGGAGCGCUCCGGGACAGCACUGAUAACUAUCACAGUGUUAGACGCAAACGAUAACGUGCCAGUGUUUGACCGCUCAGUUUACAGAGCGAGUCUGGUUGAGAACGCACCGAGGGGGACGCAGGUGCUAAAGCUGAACGCCACCGACCUGGAUGAGGGCUCUAAUGGUGAGGUGACCUAUGCGUUUAGCGGGCACGCACCCCUAAAAGUGAGAGAACUCUUCAACGUGGACCCGUACACGGGUGAAAUUCGAGUAAAGGGCAUUGUGGACUAUGAGAAAGCCAGUGUAUAUGAGCUGUAUGUACAGGCUAAAGACAGGGGACCCUCGGCUGUGGCAGUGCACAGUAAAGUGCUGGUGGACAUCCUGGAUGUGAAUGACAACGCUCCCGAAGUCAUCCUCACAUCAGUUUCCACUCCUGUGCAGGAAGACGCGCCACCGGGCACAGUGAUAGCUGUCAUUAGUGUCAUGGACCGGGACUCAGGAGAAAACGGAAACGUUGACUGCCAAAUACCAAGCAACGUCCCCUUCCAGCUCCACUCAUCUUUUAAAAACUAUUACACUUUGGUGACGAGCGAGUUUCUGGACAGGGAAGCCGUGGCCGAGUACAACAUCACCCUCACAGCACGAGACUUGGGCUCCCCUUCGCUCUCCACCAGGAAAACCAUCCUCGUGCAAGUGUCUGACAUUAAUGACAACCCCCCGCGGUUCGCUCAACCUUCAUACACUGUUUAUGUGACAGAGAAUAACGCCCCCGGCGCUUCAAUUUGCUCUGUGACUGCAUUCGACCCCGAUUCUAACCAGAACGCCUAUCUGUCUUAUUCUAUUCUCGAGGGUCAGAUUCAGGGCAUGCCCGUGUCCACUUAUGUCUCAAUCAACUCCGACAAUGGCAACAUCUACGCACUGCGCUCCUUCGAUUAUGAGCAACUUAGAAACUUUCAGAUUCUGGUUCAGGCACAGGACGCUGGGUUCCCUCCUCUCGCAAGUAAUGUCACAGUCAACGUUUUUGUGUUGGACCAGAACGACAAUGCACCUAUUAUUGUGUCCCCGCUGCCCAAGAACGGCACUGUGGCAACAGAGGUGGUUCCGCGGUCAGUGGACUCUGGGUAUCUAGUUACCAAAAUAACUGCGUUAGACGCGGACGCAGGGCAGAACUCCCGACUGUCUUAUCAGGUGCUGCAGGCUACAGACCCCGGACUGUUCAGUGUGGCUCUGUACACGGGAGAAAUCAGGACUAUUCGCAGGUUAGUGGAAAAAGACGCUACAAGGCAAAGGCUGGUAAUAUUAGUCAAGGAUAACGGGCAGCCGCCGCUCUCCGCCACCGUCUCUAUUGUCCUCACAGUCGUAGACAGCGUGCCCGAGUCGCUGUCAGAUUUCGGAGAUCUCACACUCAGCCCACAGCCCCCCUCUAACCUCGCUCUCUACUUGAUCGUGUCACUGAGCACAAUUUCUUUAAUAUUCCUGGUGGCAAUUAUCGUGCUGGCUGCGGUCAAGUGCUACAAGGACAGGGAGACCGUCAGCGGCUACAACCUCCCCCCGUUCGCCUGCUGCUGUUGCGGGGGGUUCCAGCCGGAUCCGCCCCCAGAGGUGUUCAAAAAAUCCAACCUCAACCUGCAGAUUUCUUCCGCGGCAAAAGUGCAAACAAAUUGUAUGGAGGUGAACGGAAACAGCAGCCUCUCUCAGUCAUACUGUUAUAAAGUGUGCCUGACUCCCGAAUCUGCCAAAAGUGACUUCAUGUUUCUGAAGCCGUGCAGCCCCGGCAGCACACCGAGGAACAACGAGGCGAAGAGCGCAGAGAAUUCGUGGAACGCGCAGAGCCGAAGCGCGUCUGUGAACAACGGAGCAACAACUCCCAAUGAGCUGAAGCAGCCAAACACAGACUGGACCCUCACAAAAAAUCAGAACUCCUCCAUUAAAAGUUAUAACUCUAUCAACAUGGAUGGCACCCUCAUGCGUAAGGCCAUGCAUGCAGACCCAGAGAACUAUGUCACCUCCAUGGCACCUGGACAGUACUGGACCUGGGGAACUCACAUGAGAGGCAUGAAAGUUUCUCCUCUCCUUUCUGCUCGUCAUACCACAGACACAUAUAAGAUGUCUCCUUCAACCAGCGGGGUACCCUCUCGCCCAUGGACUCCUCGCUGCACACCUCCUCCCCAGCAGCAGCAGCCAUCCAUCCCUCCACACCCUCACCCACACCCACCACCCGACUACCACCACAAUAUGUACAUCCCAGGGACCCCAUCAGGCUUUUGCACCCUCAGGCCUGCAGCGCAGCGAAGUGAGCUAGAUGUCCACAACUCCUUCUCCACUUUUGGCAAGAAGCGACGCCUUCAGAUGUCCCCCCAGGGGGAGGCUGCGAUAAUAAAUAAUGACUUGUAUAAUGACUGAUGAACCAAUGACUGUCUGAAGGGAUGAUUAAUAUGACGAAUAACCUCAUCUCAACAUAGAGGAAGCAACCAUUUGGUAGAUGAAUUAAUGGAUAUUUGAAUUAGGUGGAUCGAAAAACAGAGGAUGUACAAUUUAUAGAGAUAUAAUGAAUGAACAGUUCAUUUUGGCUAAAAUGCUGAUGGGAAAUGAAGUCUUAUGGCCAAUUAAGUGACUUGCCACUAAAUCAUGGCCAAUGUAUGUGUCUGCUUAUUAUUAUUGUUGUUGUUGUCGUUAUCAUCAUUAUUCAUAUAAUAAUUUAGACAAUCAAACUGCAGAAGCGACUUCAUCCAUUGUGUUUUGAAAAAAGCAUUGUUGGAAAAUAAUUUUUGCACAUCCUUAUGAAUUUAUAUUUUUUGGUUAAAGAAAAAGAAAAAGUGUUUUUCUUUUUGGAUGUUUGUUUGCUGACAGAGCUUGAGUGAAUUUGACAAAUAGUAUGAAAAUGUACUAUUAUGCAAGCUGCAACAUGGUGCAGAUAACUGUAUAGGCCGGGGAAUUUCCCCACACAUGUACUGUAUACAUUUAUGAGAAUAAAAUAUUUUUUUCA